CCAUGAGGAAAGAAUUGCAGCAAUUGGAUGACGGCGAAGGAUCCCGUGGAAGACGAACUCGGGGCAGGAAGAUCAACUACAGGGUGUUGCUUGGCUCUGACGAAAGCGAUCCUGAGGAGCGUAAAGGGAAUCAGAUGCCCGACAGCGACGAAGAAAUCUUCCAGCCAGAGAAGGAAGACGAUGAGGAUGAAGACGAGGAAGAAGAAGGGGGAGGAGAAGCC